UUUUCACAUGUACUAAGGAAUUCUGACCAGUCAUCAUUCCGUCGGCCGCAAGUAGGCAACGGAAGCGAACAAAAGAUUGACAGAUAAAGCGGAAGAUGAGAUGUGGAGUAGGGGGGCAGGCACAGAGGGAACGGGGAAGCUCUUAGACGAGCACCACCCUCAGUUGCUCCGUUCUCUCUCCUCUCUUGCGGCGGUGCUCAUGUCAUCGCUCUUACCUCAGUCAAAAUCGAGAAUUUAGAGUUCGGCAUUGGCGUUUGAGGAGCCAUCGGGAAGAGUUAGAAAGCAUUCGAGAAAGAUUCGAGAGAUUUGGAGGUCACCGGGAGGUUCACGAUGAAGUUUUAAUGAAGGAAGAGCGUUUGGAUCGACCUUGGAUGCAGGGCUGGCUUUUGUGGGAGUUAGCCUAGACAAAUGUCUAGGGCCUCCAAAUAAUAUGGGGCCUCCAAUUUAAAAAAAAUCAAUAGUAUAUACAUUUAUUUAAUUAGAAAUUAGAAUUCCAAAUACGGAGUAGGAAAUAAGGGGUUAUGUAAGAAGCAUGUGUACGUGUUUACUACGAAAGUAUUUUACAUUUUUAAGAAGUAUUUUACAUAUUAAUAAACUGAUGUAAGAUCUCACAUGUGGAAUAUUUCUUUACUUUUUUAGAUUAGUUUUCCGUAUUUUGGUUUUUAACGUUCAUAUGGAGUACGUAACGAAGUAUAUUACAGAUUACAAAAUUAUUAUUUUAUUCAUUUGCGUUUCAAGUUAUAAAAGUUAUUAUUUUUAUUCAUUUAGGUGUUUAUCAGUUGUUCUUCACAAAUCACAAUUAUUUUGUUUGUUCAUUUUGAAUUUGAGCGUUUUCAUCCCAAAUACGAUAGUAUAAUGGUUUCAUUGUUUUUACUUAAUUAUGCUUUAAAAAGCACAAAAUCGUAUGUAUGGGACUCAUGAUUGUUCGGUGAUUUUGUAUCGGAAGUUAAAACGUAACUAAGCUGGUUAGAAAAUUACUCCGUAAUAUACUUGUUGAUUUUUGACAAAGAAAAACAAGAUUGAUUAGAACUAUGACUUUAUUGGAUAGAAAACUAAGUUGAUUUAAAUAAUUAAUUAAGGUUUGAGCUCAUUUAUAUUUUCUUUCUAACCAUUUCAGGAAAGGAAUUAGAAAAUAUAGUUUGUUAGAUUAUAUCUGAUCAAACCAUGGCAAAGAUAGACUAGCUAACUGGGUUGAGUAUAUUACCGAUCAAGAAUUAAUGUUAAUAGUUUUGAUUGUUAUAAUGUUCGUACUAAUUUUACAAUUCAAAACACACAAAAAAUACAUAAUUAGAAUUUUCAUGUAUUUUUUAUAUCUAUUUUAGAUUGUUUGCAUUCAAUGAAAUACUCUCUUACGUACAUAAUAUCUAUGGCACAUUUUGUGUAUUCUUCGAUUCUAUUUGUUUCAUAUUACACUCUUUAUAUUAUGUUAAGGAAAACGUAUUGUAAUAUAUUCUCAAAAUCAAAUAAUAUUGGGAUAAGGGUCAGAUAGGGCCUCGAACUUGAAAAAAAAUGUCAAAUAAGGCCAUAUUUAGGAUGCUCUGUCCGGCCGACGCCAUUUGGGGCGGUUCCUGAUAGAAUUUUUUGAUGAAUUUUUUUGAGAAUCUUAUUCAUUAAGUCUAGUUUACUCAUAUCAAAUUUGAACUAAAACUUCAAUCGGGAAGGCAUUCAAAUGAAUUCUUGAAGAUAACUGUGCAGUUAAAAGCGUAGUUAUCUUCAAGAAUUCAUUUGAAUGUCUUCCCGAUUGAACUGUUAGUUCAAAUUUGAUAUGAGUAAACUAGACUUAAUGGAUAAGAUUCUAAAAAAAAAUCAUCAAAAAAUUUCACCGGGAACCGCCCCAAAUGGCGUCAACCGGACAUAGCAUCCUAAAUAUGGCCUUAUUUGACAUUUUUUCCCAAGUUCGAGGCCCUAUCUGACCCUUAUCCCAAUAAUAUUUGAUUGUCUAGGGCCUCAAAAGUGCUCUAGACGGCCCUGCUUGGAUGCAUUCGGGAGCGUUUGGAGCAAGAAACGGUGAGAAACGGCAAAGAAUAAGCCAGCCACGGCCGUGCCUGGGUAUAGGCACAAUCGUGCCCGAAGACGAAGCAAGCGAGAGUUCACUGCCAGCCAGACACGAUCGUGUCCGGCGGGGGAGGCACGAUCGUGCCUGCACCUGAGACGCGCGAAUGCUCCGCAGGCACGGAGGUAGGCACGAUCGUGCCUACCUCCGGAAAUCCUAAUCCAACCAAAAUUUCCCCCUUUUCUAUAAAUAAGGCCUCCAUACUCCUUUUUGAGGGUUACGAACAUUACGGAGAGGCCUAGGGACGAAUUUACUUGCGUUUUUAUCAUUGUUUACUCCAAGACCCUGAGAUUAUUUGUAAGUUCAUUUUUUUAAUUAAUGACAAUUAUUUCUAUUCUUCCCAAUUCUGUUGAUUCUUCAAUUAUGAAUUGUGAGUAGUUUAAUAAGGGAUUUGAGGUUGAUGAAGGUGUUGAUCAUGAUGUAUGGCUAAAUUCUUGAUGAAUUAAUUGCAUGAAUGCCGUUUAAUUUGUGUCCGAAUAAUUUAACUGAUAUCUUUUGUAAUCUAAAAUCGCGACUAGAAUUACAAUUGCUUGUAGAAUAAGUUAAGAGAGAUCUAAUUUGUUCUAGGACACAUUCACACACUUAAUCGCUCGCUAAGAGAUUAGUAGCGAAUAAGGGGCCGUAAAUUCGCUCGUCUAGGCAAUAAUUUAGGAUCCUGUUACAUGAGAGAUCAGUCUGGUCCCCUAAAUUAUUGUACUCUACGCCGCGAGAGCGGUAAGAACUUAGUAAUGAUUAACUAGGCUCAAUUAAAUUAAAUUCAUGUAAUUAGGCCUGAUCUGCCAGAAAUCUGGUUACCCCGGUAUCAAUCCUUGUCCCCUUCGUCGUUAAUUAGAGAGAAACCAAGCUUUAUUUUAUUCGUUCAUCUUCAUUUUAAUUUUCCAAACCAAUCAAUCUCGCACAAUUGCAUUUUAUUUUUAUUUCUUUUUAAUCGUUGAAUUUAAUUAAUCUUUAAUUCCCUUUUGUCUGUCCCUAUAGAGACAAUACUCGUACUUUCACUACUAUACUACUACAUUUUUAAGUGUGAGAAAACUCACAUCAGGUAUGCAGCAUUCUCUUGCUUGGGUCAAAGGUAAAAUUGUAUCAGCUAAAUAAUUUACUUUUGCAAAUUUACAACAAUUGAAUUAAAAAAAGCACUUGUGUUUCUAUGAUCUUUCACAUUAUUUUUUUCAUUUCAUUUUCACACUACCUUUUCUCUUUUGAUAUUUUAUUAUUCUCAAGCUAUUUGUUUACAAAAUGCUCAGAAUUUUUAAGAAUUUCAUAAAAUUGUCAACAUCUUUCCAAGUUUCUUAAAUUUCCGGGAAAACUGUCAAAUAGGCCCCCCUACUAAUACAGAAAAGUCAAUUAAGCCCCUGAACUCAAAAAACACUCAAUUAAGCCCACGAACUAUAAAAAACGAGGCAAAACAGUCCUUUUAGCAGGUAAUUAAGCGGUUUAAAAGAGAUAAGGAAAUAAGGAAAGAAAGAGAAAAAGAGAAAAAGAAAAUGUAAAAGCAUGUCACAUCAUUUGCCACACAUACAACUUAACUGGGAACAGUUAAUAUCCUGCUAAAAGGACUGUUUUGCCUCGUUAUAUUUAGUUCGUGGACUUAAUUGGAUGUUUUUUGAGUUCGGGGGCUUAAUUGACUUUUUCGUAUGAGUAGGGGGGCCUAUUUGACACUUUUCCCUAAAUUUCCCUAUCUGGGGUACUCACGGAAACAGCCUUUCACUCAAAGCGAUAGAGAUAAAGUCUGUGUAGAUCUCACCAUCAGCCGUCUGUCUUUUAUGUGGCACAUACUGGGUAUGUUUGGUUUUUGGUAUAAACACUAUCCAGUUGCCACUUUCCAUCAUUUUUAAUGGAGCCAAAGACUCGCUAUUUCUUGGUUUGGGAAUAUGAUGGAAUAAAACAAAAUGGUUCACUAAACUGUCUGCGCUUCUUUGUUAUGAAGUACAGUCAGUCUAUGCAAUUUUGACGCGAUUUUCAUUAUGGGUCAUUCAGAAACAGUCUUUCUAUACUUUAGUAUAGGGGUAAGACCGCGUACAUCCGACCCCCUUACCCCACCGUAGGUGGGAGCCUUUGCGGCACUGGGGUAAUGAUGAUGACGACUAUCCAGUUGCCAUAAGCAGACCAUAUCUUUUUAUUUGUAUUUAAAGAUGGCACAUUUCUAUUGUAAAACACUUCGACCCAUGGGCUGGAAAAGGGGUUAAUGCUGGUAAUAUGGGAAGUUGUGUUUAUGGAUUUUGGUCUGGAAAACAUGGUCAGCUGGGUAUAUCUGAUGACAUAGUAAAAUCAGUAGCCGUUCCUCAGGUCACUUUGGCUUGGAAUAGCUCAGAGUUGAUUGCAUUUUCACAAAUGGAGACCACAAUGCAGCGAUAUGUGUACUGAUGGGCAUUUCUAUAGAUUGGGAAGAGGCUUUGGUGGGGGCCCAGAUAAACUAUAUAUUCCCAGGUGCAUCACAGCAAGCUCCUCAUACAGUAGCGCUUAUAUAGGGUGGAAUUAUUGUUAACAGGUGAUGGGCAAGUGUUCAUGAUACGCGGCUAUAACUAUGGUACUUCGAGCCUUCGAGAAGUAAAAAAACACAGUUAAUAGCCAAAACACGUAAAAGUGCAGUUUGAAGCCCCCAUUUGUACUGUAAUUCUGUAAAUCAAUCAGUUAGAAGAUGUGCAGCAUACAAAGUCCUGGCAAUAUAGGGACUAGUAAAUAAAAUCUUUCGAAAUUUGGGUUCCCUUUACGAGCUUGGAAGAUGCUAGAGAAAGAAAGCAGGGAGGAAAAAAUAGAGGAAAUUUAGAAGGGAAGAAAAUAUCGUUGAGAAACAAAAAACUGCUUCAACUAUAUAUUUGUUCAAAAUCAUUUUCGAUUUAAGUUUUUCAAUUAUAUAAAGACUACAAAAUUUAAUUAUAUAUCAAUCUUUAAAAUUUUCAAUUUUGGGUUCUAAGGUAAAACCAAAUAUGAGAGAACCAUUUUCUUUAGUUCUUUCCCCCUUUAUCUACCACAUUCUCAGUUCCAAACAUAGCCUUAAAACAAAUUUUAUCUUGCAUUUAUGGUUCUAGUAUAAACCUCCUUUCAAAUACCUGCAUUUGCAGGAAAGAAGAAUUUGCACAGAAGAUUGAUGCUCUCAUUGGUAACACGCAAGUAUCUUGCACAAGUUGAAAAUGUGAUACUUGCUUGUCACCAAGGCCGAAUUUCAUAAUGUUUUGCUUUUAGCUGAAUUUGUUUGGCUUAUUCCAUUAGAAAUCAUGAAAGUUAAAAAACUGUUGUUGUAGUAAAAAUAUUGCCAAUAGCACUGUAAAUCAUAAGGGGAUGCUUAAUUAAAAAAUAUGAGAUCACUACACUACAAAAAAACUCGUUUGUGGCAAGGAAUCCUUCACAGUUUUUCCAAGUCUAGUGGUGUUGGUUCGGACGUUCGGUUCCAGAUUUUGUGCCUAUACGGGCAUGCCAAAGUAUUGUCUCUGAUUUUCACAUCUGAGCCAAAGAUAGUCUCGGAAUUUGUGUGUUCGUCCAAGUCAUCAUCACCUACAAGCGAUCCCAUGAAAAAUGUGGUGAUGGCUGGGACAAACGCAGACAAAUUCUGUGACUAUCUUUGGCUCGGAUGUGACAAGGAUUCCUUUCCAAAAACAAGUUUUUGUUUUUUGUAGUGAUACCCUUAUCACGAUUAUGAUUUUAGAAAGGAGAGUUUCCCCCUUUAAACAGUCCAAAUAAUUAAGUUAUCAUUUAUCAGUAUU